AUGGAGACCGUGAACGAAAGGAAUGAAGGUGUCCAAAAUAGAAUUAGUUUACAAACAUAUUCUACUACAACAACCCCACCAGUGAAUAUUACACAACAACUUCUUGGGUUCGAUAGGAGCGAGGGAACAAACACUCAAAAUCGACCCUAUAAUUCUUAUCAAUCCGAAAAGCCUGGAUUCAGUGUGUUUGAUAUUAAUGCUUUGGUGAAAAGUGCACUUGAACAGGAACUUGAACCAGAGGUGGUUUAUGCUGCUGCACAAUUGUUGCUGUUGUCGAACCCAGAUACGAAUAGUGGGUAUUUUGUUGAUUCAAGUUCUGGUAUCUUGGAUGUUUCUUCAAAUCGACCGAGUGCGAUGUCAUUAUCAAAUUUGCUCUUGCCGGAUGACGCUGGUUCUUCAUCAAAAGCUACG